AUGAUUCAGGCUCGUUUCGCCGAAAAGUCCGGAGCGCUGGCGUUGGUCGUCGGUCCAGCGUCACGAAUCCAACGUAAUCGCAAACCCAUGAAGAUUCGUGCAUCGAAGAUUCCCGUGGUCGUUCUGGACGACCAAGAGACGCAGCGGCUGCGACAGCAACUGGCCGAGGCCGGUCAAGGAGCCGCCGUGGCUCACCUUCGACUCGACUUUAUCGAGCCGAAGCCACCUCAUGUACUCAAACUACAGGUAUUCCGUCCGAGUCUCCUUGAACCUCUCGUUGAUGGCCUGCUCAUAGUACUGGUAUUGUUCAUCACACUGCUCGUAUUCGUGAAGAUACGAUGGCGACCCACGGCUCACAGAGACCUUUGGUUACGCACCUUAGCAAGAGCUGCUGUUGGUAAGAUGGAAAUCCGAAAGUUCCAGAAGGAAUCAUCGCGACAACGACGGCGGCCAUUUGCUCGAUUGAGAAGGGUUCGCUCCACCUAUCUACCCGUGUUUGGCUCGCUCACAUCGGUGGCUAAUACGGCCAGUUCUCAGGAGCGCUGUUCGAUCUGCCUUGACGAAUACGCCGAAGGUACAGAACUCCGUGUGCUGUUCUGCGGUCACGAGUUCCAUCCAAAAUGUGUCGACCCAUGGCUGCUUUCCAAUCGGCGCUGUCCGCUGUGCCAAUUUGACGUCGUCUACAAGCAAUACCCAAAAAUGGAGCCCUUGACGAAGAAUCGACAAUCAUCUUCGCCAUCGUCCGACAGUUCCCCGUUGGAACCGCUGUUGCUGACCGUGCAAGAAUCUCCACGAGCCACAAGGGAUCCUACGUCCACGGGUCAGGCACGAUCCUCCCAGGAUCCUCUGCAGGCGGUCCGUGAUACGGGUCGUGGUCGACGGGUCACUUCACGGGCUCGAUCACUGCCUCGACGACGACCUCUGAGACCGAGGGAACACGUCGAGACCGCCGUCAGACUUGGAGGGUACUCCUCAGACGUCUCGUCGCGCUGA